CGAAUUUGUGACAAAUAUCGAAUGACAAGCUUAUGCCUAUUGAUAUAUUGAAAAUACAAUAAACUUUUAACUGAAAGAACCAAAGAUCUUUUAUUUUAACCUCUUUGAUUUGCCAUUUUAGUUCAGUAUAUUUCUACCACUGUUUAGCAGACUACACAGUCUGCAAUGUAUAUGUGGGCUAUGUGUACAUACAUUACAAGCAUGUUCUUUUAUAAUAAGGGCGAGCCUGUCAUCAGUAAAUUCCGCUCGGCUUACCAGUAACAUGAGGUCUGAUAUUUUCCUUCCACCAGCAUCAACUCUAGAUCAUCACCUGAUAACAUGUUGCUGUACCUUGCUGUGGGCUUCCUGGCUGUCUGUCUCCUCAUCAAGCUUUAUAUCCUCUUCACGACUGCUCCAUGUAUGUCUGACGCAGACCUGACGGGCAAGACAGUGGUCAUCACUGGAGCUACUGCAGGUAUUGGAUAUGAAACUGCCAUGGACCUUGCCACAAGGAAUGCAAAUAUCAUUCUUACUGCACGGAAUUUAGAGAAAGGCAACCUUGUCAAGGACAAAAUAAUCGAAGAGACUGGAAAUAGAAAGAUAACUGUUAAACAGCUAAAUUUGGCAUCUCUGAGGUCUGUGAGAAGGUUUGCAGAUGAGAUUAAGGCGGAGAGGAUUGAUAUUCUGAUCAACAAUGCUGGCACACUUGAACAUUACUGGCGGAAGACUGACGAUGGUUUCGAGAUGACGUGGGGUGUGAAUUUCUUUGGACCAUUCCUUCUUACCAACUUGCUUCUUGACCAGCUCAAGAAGUCCUCUCCGAGUCGCAUUGUAAACUUGACAUCAAUUGCUCACAAGUGGAGCGAGUUGAGGAUAGAGGAUAUUAAGAGAGAGAGAAAAGUCGGCUCACAAGCUGACCUGGAGUAUAUGGCAUCCAAACUUGCUAUUGUCCUCUUUACUAAGGAACUAAAUCGGAAACUCGAGGGCACUGGUGUGAGUGUAUUUGUGGUUCAUCCUGGGACCGUCCAGUCAGAGUUAUUCCGUAGCUACCCGGCCUGGCAUCCUGUCUGCUGGAUAUUGAAUGUCAUCAGUUUCUGCUUCUUCAAGUCUGCCAAGGAUGGUGCCCAAACAACCCUUCACUGUGCUGUUGCUGAAAACUUAGAGAAACAUUCCGGGGAGUACUUCGAUCACUGUAAGCCGGCCAUGCCAAACAAGAUUGCGCUUGAUGAGGGACUCGCGAAGAAGCUCUGGGAAUUCACGGAGAAGGAAGUUGGACUGUAGACUUAAAGUGUUCUUGUCAUUAUAGCAGUCAAUCAGAAAGACUAACAAUAAUCAGAAGAAAGUUAAUUUAUACAGAUUGAGAGUUCUUACGUGUAUCAGUUCUUAUGCACCCUUUUUUGGGUCAGUGUGGACUAAAUUAUGAAUGUAAUCUUUAAGUGAAUCACAGAUGUCAAAAUCAUGGGAUGGUACCUAGAUUACUAUAACUGGGUUUAAUUCAGGGUAAGUGUGUAAUUGUAAAGCAUAUUGAGUAGCAUUAUGGUUUGCCUCCAGGGUAUAAUAUUGCUUUAAAUGAAGGACAAUAUAACCAUUCCUUUUGAUUGAAACUGCUGAACCAAUGAAGACAUUGUCAAUGAUGUGUUCAAAUCAAUUAUCUCAAAAUCAUAUAUUUUGUACUAAAUUUUUGAUUUAUAUCUAAAUAAAGCGAGUCGCAUUA